CCCGAGUCCCGAACAUUAUGAUAAUUAGCCUAUCACUAGCGCAAAGAUUAUCAUGCGUUUUAUUGUUUAUAAAGAAAUUUGCAAAGAUUGUAAAAACGUUCAUUAAUAAUCAGUACUGAUGAGUUUUGUGAUUAAUUUCCGCCUGUUUUAGCAAAGAAGCAGGAGAGGGGGCGUUCCUCUGUCCCGCUGACGGAGGCGUGUGUGUGUGUGUUUUGCGCGUGUGUGUUUUGCGCGUGUGUGUGUGGAACAACAUUGCUUGCGCGUUUGGAGCCUCUCUCCUUUGGGAGGAUUAUGUGUACUUGUCACCUGGCUGUUUUGCUGUUUGCAGUCUUUGUCCAAGUUUGACGUACCCUCUCCUCGUUUUGGGAGACCUUCCUUAGUUUUGCUGAAGGCAAUUUUAAACCCCAAAGAUGGCAGCCUCCUUGCUCAGAACAGGACGACUUAGAUCAUUAAAGGCCCUGAGCGUGGACAACUGCACAGCACUAAGAGCUUCAGCAGUCACUUUCAGUUCAAACUCUGAGGACGGCAAGAAGUCCAAAAAGUCCAGCAAAGCUGGCCUGGAUCCUAUUCAGAAACUCUUCUUGAAUGCAAUCCGUGAUUACUCCUUAAAGAGCAAGGCUACUGGUGGCAUAGUUGAUGCAGGUCCUCAGUACCACAAGUCACUGGCUGAUGAAAUCGCCAAACUGCAGCGGUUAUAUGGAGGUGGUGACCUGACUUGCUUCCCAGAGUUUGAAUAUCCUCAGCCCAAACCGGAUGAAGUGUCUACCAAGUAAACAAACUGUUCCCAGUAUCGUCCUAAUGUGUGUUUUCAGAAUAAUAAACACUUUGUAUUUUAUCCCA